UCUCUUUCCUUCCUUCUCUCUUCAUGUCUGUUCCAUUCUCUUGCUUAUUCAAAAUAGUUAUGUGUUGCUUACUUAAAAUAGUGGCUCUAGCCCUGACUAAACUUUUUCAAUGCCAAAUGCCAUCUAUGAUGUCUCUGUUUUUUAGUAAAAAUUAUGAAAAAUGAGAAUAUAAAAAGUUCUCUAAAUGAUCAAUAAAUAGGCUUUUUUUUUUAGAUUAUGCUUGGUCAGAGAAAGAGGAAGAAAAACAUGAAGCGUAGGGGUUCUGUGACCUAGGUCUGCCCCACACCUGCUCUGUGUGUGUGGCAGUUCCUAGGGAAGGAGCUAGACAAAAUUUGUCACAUAUAGAUUUGAUCCCAAGUUAGAGAUGGAAAAAUAAUAUCUAGUUCUGGUAAAAAUUCUACUAUGCUUUUAUUUCCACCCUGCCUUGUUUACAUUUAAGAGAGCUUUUCAGCUUCAGAUGGCAGGAAGGGAAAAGGGCAAGGUUAGAGUUUCCCAUAUUAUUUUCCUUGGCUUUUCUCAUGGCAUUGUCUUCCCAGAAUUGCGUGAAAACAGAUUCCAAUACUAUUUCAGGGAAUGCUGACAGGCACAGAUACAUGAUUUUUUUUUUCUUUUAAAUAUCAACUUAGAAAGAAUGGUUGAUCAGCUCCAAGGAACAUGGAAGUCCAUUUCUUGUGAAAAUUUUGAAGAAUAUAUGAAAGAACUGGGAAUAGGGAGAGUAAGCAGGAAACUGGGCUGCCUGGCAAAACCCACUGUGACCAUCAGUACAGAUGGAGAUGUGAUCACUAUAAAAACCAAAAGCAUCUUUAAAAAUAAUGAGAUCUCCUUUAAACUGGGAGAAGAGUUUGAGGAAACUGCACCAGAUGGCCAUAAAACCAAGAGUACCGUAACCUUAGAUAAUGACUCCUUGAUGCAGGUUCAGGACUGGAAUGGUAAGGAGACCAUCAUAAGGAGAAAGUUAGUGGAUGGAAAAAUGGUGGUGGAAAGUGCUGCGAACAAUGUUAUCUGCAUGCGGACAUAUGACAGAGUACAAAAAAACUCAGUCUCAAGCUCUUAA